AUGCCGCGAAAGCGUGGGGCGGCGCGUACUGCCAACCACCCCGUGUUACGCCGACUCUACGGGGAUGUCUGUGACCUGGCGGAGGCCGUGGUGCGCCUGGUGGAGGGCACGGGCGCCAAGGCGGAGAUGAGGGAGCGCCUGGAGGCGGCGGGCGGCUCCCCGAAGCUGCAGGCGCUUCUGAGAGGGACGCGCGUCGCGUUUCCGGGGGGGGACCCCGCGGGCCCGCGGGUCCGCGUGCCCGAUUCUCUGUCGCAGGAACAGGCAAGCGAAGAUGUCUGGGAAAUCGAAUCGCCGAGUCGAGUCGUUCAGCGAAUGGGAGCGAUCUCGGGCUGGUGGCAGGGCGGUAGACGAGCCCUUCGGUUUACGACGAGCGCAGUGAAGCACGCGCUUUCGAAAUUGAUGUCCAUUGCCGAUGGUCAUGGUGGAAAAUGCGCUGCUGAGAUGCUGCAUGAGCUUCGCCUGCAGACGUAG